AUGCCAGAUUUGGCUAUGAAUCUUAUAUUAUCAAAAUCCGAUUUUCGAUCCAUUCUGGUCCUCCGAAAAGUGUGUAAAGACCUCCGAAAUUUUAUUGAGGACACCGAACCGGAUCUGCAAAUUCGCUCUAUGGAAAUUUCUACAGUACCCUCGAAACAAAAUAAUCCGAAAAUUUCUGUAUAUUUUAUUGGACAAUUUGGACAGCACCAUCAUAUAUCGUAUCGAAAACACAAGAGCGGAUGCCAAGAAAUCUAUGGGAACCGGAAGAGUUUAAUGAAGAAUUCGGAUCAUUUUCAAGUCUUUCGCGAAGAUAUGAAUUGGAUUUUUAAGCAUCAAAAAUCCAUUUUGAAGUUUUUCGGUCUCAAUUUAACAAGUCAGGGAUCUGAAAUUUUGGAAAUUCUGAAAAAUAACCCAAUGAAAAUGGAAUAUCUUCGAGUGACAGCAGAUAAGACUCAAAUCUUUGAAAUUUUACGCUCUGUAUCACCAGGCGUUCUUAAAAUAGCUGAACUGUAUUUUGUGAAGCCAGGAGAAGUGUCAAUUCAAGAAUGGAAAGGUUUAAAAUGCUGGGAAUCCGUGGAAGAGUUUUAUGCUGAAAAUCUGGUUAUCUCAGGAUCAGUAACGGAUCUUGGGCAUUUUUCCAAAGCUGUGAUUACGGUUUUUCAAGUCACACAGGAUGAAUUGUUUCUUAUGAAAGAGAUUUUCUUGAUCACCCCGAAAUUCCAAAAAUUUAUUGUUCACUACAAACAUUUCGUAGAAGAAGGCAUCUCCGAAUUGAGAAGAGACAUUCAUGAAGUCCGGAAACUUCUCGAAAUCUUUGGACCACCAAAUGUGGACGGUGGACGUUACGGAAAAAAAUGGUACUACAGAAUACCAAAUUCAGAAGACGUGCUUCGUUUUUCAUUUUGUUUGAAAAGUUCUGAAUUUACUCGGCUGCCUUCGUUUUCCGUUCCAAAAGGAGCUAUUUGA